CCCGCAGGAAGGAGCCCAUGGCCGCGGUGUUCCUGCCCGGUAACCUGCAGGAUGAAGCCACCUGCUCCGUGUGCCUGGAGUUCUUCAAGGACCCUGUUUCCAUCGAGUGCGGACACAACUUCUGCCGCUCCUGCAUCGUCAAGAGCUGGCAGGAGCUGGAGCUGGACUUCCCGUGCCCGCAGUGCCGGGAGCUGUCCCAGCAGCGCAGCUUCCGUCCCAACCGCCAGCUGGCCAACAUGUCCGAGAUCAUCAGCCAGUUCACCCUGCGAGGGGCUCGGGCGGCUGAGGCCGACGGGCUGUGCCCCAAGCACCGGGAAGCAUUGAAGCUGUACUGCAAGGAUGAUGGUAGCAGCAUCUGUGUGGUGUGUGACCGGUCCCGGGAGCACCGGCCGCACGCCGUCGUGCCCGUCGAGGAGGCGGCCGAGGAGUACAAGGAGAAGCUCCAGGGCCGCCUGGAUUCCCUGAAGAAGGAGAGGCAGGAGCUGCUGGAGUUCAAAGUGAACGAUGACAAGAAAACCCAGGAGCUGCUGGAGAGCAUCGUGCUCGAGCGGCAGAAGCUGCUGUCGGAGUUCGAGCGGCUGCGGCAGUUCCUGCAGGACCAGGAGCAUCUCCUGCUGGGGCAGCUGGAGAACAUGGAGAAGAGCAUCACCCGCAGGCAGAACGACAACAUCACCGACCUGUCCAAGGGCAUCACGCUGCUCAACAAGCUCAUCACGGAGCUGGAGGAGAAGGUCCAGCAGCCCACGCUCCAGUUCCUCAAGGAUGUAAUGAGCAUCAUAAGCAGGAGUGAUGAUGUGAAGUGCCAGAAGCCGGUGCCCGUGUGCACGGACAUGAAGAUGCACGUCUGCAACUUCUCCCUCAAGACUGUUGUCCUUGAGAAGGUCCUAAGGAAGUUCAGAGACAACCUGCGGGAUGAGCUGGGACGGGGUGAAAAAGAGGACCUGACCCUGGACCCCGACACCGCAAACCAGCUCCUGGUCCUGUCUGCCGACCUCCGGAGCGUGCGCAUGGGCUGCAGGAAGCAGGAGCUGCCCGACAACCCCAAGCGCUUCGACACCAACUCCCGGGUACUGGCCAGCACUGGUUUCCAGUCCGGCCGGCACUACUGGGAGGUGGAGGUGGGUGCUGAGGAUGGAUGGGCCUUCGGUGUGGCCAAGGAGUCGGUGCGCAGGAAGGGGCUGACCCAGUUCUCCCCCGAGGAGGGUAUCUGGGCCAUACAACAGAAUGGGGGCCGGUACUGGGCUGUGACCACCCCGCAGAGGACAGCGCUGAGCAUCAGCCGCAAGCUCAGCAGGGUCAGGGUGUACCUGGAUUAUGAAGGGGAGGAGGUUUCGUUCUAUGAUGCGGAGAACAUGCAGCACAUCUACACCUUCAAUGUGGCCUUCAAGGAGAAGGUGUUUCCCCUCUUCUCUGUCUGCUCCACUGUCACCUACCUCCGGCUGUGCCCCUGAGGCUCACACAGGACCUGGGUGAGCACUGGA